AUGGCGUCCUCAAUCCGCACCCUUAGACUCGCGCAGCGCGCACCUCAAGUGCUGUCAAGAGCUGCACCCACAUCAGCCCGCAUCCCUAUGCAAUCCCGCCUAGCAAACAUGCAGAGGCGUCUCCUCAACACCGACUCUGCGCCAGUCCUCUACAGCGCAUCGGCAAAGGUCGUCGGCGCGCGCACGGGACACGUCGAAGGCGACGACCUCGUUGUGGACCUUACCAUGGCCAAGGCCCUCGGCGGUCCCGGAGACAAGGGCAAGACAAACCCAGAGGAGCUCUUCGCGGCAGGCUACGGCGCGUGUUUCCAGAGCGCCAUGAACGCCUCGGCGUCAAGCAUGAAGAUCCAGAUGCCCAGGAAGCCCGAGGACUCGGUCGUCGAGACGACGGUGCACCUCGUCGGCGACAUGAAGGCUCUCGACAUGGGCUUGCGCGUCGACAUGAAGGUCCGCGUCAAGGGUUUGAGCAACGAAGAAGUGCAGAAGGUGGUCGACAAGGCCAAGGAGGUGUGCCCGUACAGCCGCGCGACAAAGGGCAAUUUGACGACGAACAUCGAGGUUGUCAAAUUCGAUGAAAACGGAGACUCUGCAAACUCAAAAAGCAAUGUGACCUCGGGGGGUCCGGGAAAGUCUGAGGCAAAGCCUGCGCAGAAUUCUGGCAAAGAGCCUGGCGAAGUGGACGGUGUGAGGCCGACGGGCCACAGCGACUACCAAUGA